UGAUUUCUUUUAUUUAUUGUCUCCAAUUUUAGGUGGAAUAUAUGUUGUUAGGUUUUGGGUGUGACAAAGAGAGAUAACAACACUUAACACAAAGCAUAGAGAAAAAGAUUCCCAUUAGAACCCUAAUUAAUAUUCUUAGAUUCCCAUUGGAACCCUAACAAAUUUGCUUAGAUCAUUUGUUUUUUUCCCUAAUUUUUGUAAGGAUUUAACAUUGUUUAUUGCUCUUAACUUCCAAGGUUGGAAGUACAAAUGUCACACUUUCAUGCUCUCAACAUUAUAUAAAUAAUUGUUUCGUUGACCAAAAAUUUAAGGUGAGGACAACUACUUAGUUCUACCAAAAACCACUUAUAAAAUAUGAUUAAACUAAAUGGUUCCCAUGUCUUAGAAUUGACAUGUCAAAAGGAUUUGGUCAUAAUCAUAACAUUGUAAAGUCAGAACAACUUCAAAAUUUACAAAAAAAGAAAAAAAGAUGAUGAAAACGAGCUUCCCACUAAAGAGGACAAUCUUCUUCUUCUUGUCUAUCUUUAUAUAAACAAGACCUUUUUCUCUCAUUCUAUUCAUUCAAACACUUUUUUAGUUGUUGUUGCUAAAAAUGUUAUCUAAACAAGCCAAACAAAAGGGUGUCUCAACCAACAAACAAAGUAAGUUCAAAGAAAGAGUAACAACAACAACCACUAACAAAGUAAUGAAGAACAAAUUUGUUGGGGUGAGACAAAGGCCAUCAGGAAAAUGGGUAGCGGAAAUCAAAGACACAACAAAGAAGAUUAGGAUGUGGUUAGGAACCUUUGACACAGCCGAAGAAGCUGCUCGAGCCUACGAUGAGGCUGCGUGUCUUCUUCGUGGUUCAAACACUCGAACCAACUUCGCUAAUCGUGGUCCAACGAAUUCUCAACUCUCUUUGAAGAUUAGAAACCUUCUUAACCAAAAAAAGAGCUUGAAACAAAGCAACCCCACCAUCAUCACCACCCCAAUUAGUCCUACUAGUGUUGUUAGUGUUAGUUCAAAUACUAUUAAGGAUUGUUUUCAUCACAAUAACCAAAAUUCUAACUCAACUACUCUAUAUGGUAGUAAUCUAGUGUUUGAUGGUGCAUAUAAACCUGAUAUGAGCAAUUGCAUUGUGGAACCUCAUCAGAGUAUCAUGACUCAUUUCGAUUACACGUGGCCGUUUCCUAUUGGGUUUGAUCAUCAAAUUCCAUUAACACAUCAAGGAAUGGAGUUGACAAAUGGGAUUGAUUCCAUAUCUUCAUCACCAACAACAUCACAAUCAUCAACAGAAGUGGAGUUUAGUGAUGAAUUUGGAAGAAUGAAAUUAGAAAGGCAAAUUGCAGCUUCAUUGUAUGCAAUGAAUGGAGUGAAUGAACAUAUUGACUAUGCAUAUGAUCCAACUAGUGAUGCUCAUUGGGAUCUUUCUGCUUUUUAUCAAUUGUUUUGUCAAAGUUAAGUAAUGUAUUAUCUCUUUCUCUUUAUGUUAUAUGUUUUCAUCAAUAUUUUUGGAUGAGUAAAGUGAAGAUAUACAAGAGAUUACCAAUAAUUGAACAUUGAGCAUGGUUGUCAUUUGUUGGAAUUUAUGACUAAGAUUUAAA